AUCUCUCGUGGAUUUUGGCUGUCUGCGUCUUUACAUCAGCGAAUGUGGGAGCACACCUCGUCAGUUCGACAGGUAGCGACAAGGAAGUGAGUGAUGUCGUCUGAAUAUUGGAUUGACCGCCGUCCUCGGAGCAAUCCAGAUGAGAAAGGCCUGGAGGAGACGGCAGGGGAAGGCAUGGAGGGGUCAGAGUUUGUCUGUGGAAACAACCAGCCCAGGAAGACGGUGUGCCGGGAAGACCCAGAGCAGUAUGGAGGACAAGACACUCUGUCACAUGACCAGAGGAACAGCCAGAAAGUGACAUCAGAAGGAGGGUUGGAGUCGUCCCAGAAGGAAGAGACAGAAGAGUUCCUGGAAGAGGAGGAGAGAAAGGUCCCUGACAAGAAGAGUGGUGAGCAGGUGGCUGAAAGCCAAGAAGGAGAGUCAGGUGUGCAUCUGCCGGAGCACUGCGUUAGCGUCUGCCACCUCAGGGGGUUGAAGGAGCACUCAUACCAUGACAGAGACAAGGAAUGGCCGACAGGGGAGCCCCGGGGGCCCGGGCCCUUCUAUUUCUUUGGAGGAGCCAAUGGAGUUGGAAUUGUGAGCGGUUACUGUGAGAGCAGAGGAUGGAGGAGGAUUUAUGACAAGCGCAGGGAGGAUUUCAAGCUGAAGUGGUGUGAGACCAAGUUGCCAGCAAACUACCUCAACUUCAGAGAAGGUGAACAGUUGCUGUACCAGAUUCCCAACAACAAGGUGCUGACCACUAAGAUCGGUCUCCUCAGCAGUCUUCGAGAAUAUGACCGCGUCUGUAACAAAGUCAACAACGGUCGAGGGCUGAGGAAGCUGAAAAUGGAGGAGUUUUUCCCCGAAACCUUCCGUAUGGAUGUGAACAAAGAGAGACGAGCGUUUUUUGCCACGCAGCAAGGCGUGGGCAACAAAGAGAAGCACAUAUGGAUCUGCAAGCCCACAGGACUGAACCAGGGGAAGGGGAUCUUUCUCCUCAAAACCCAGGAGGACAUUGCCACACUCAAACUGAAGCUACAGGAGAUGGAAGAGAGCCAGGCGAAAAGAAAUAUUUAUUCCCGCCAGACUCAGGCUCACAUUGUACAAUGGUACAUCCAGAAUCCUUUGCUUCUGCAGGGGAGAAAGUUUGAUGUGCGCUCGUACCUCCUUAUCGCCUGUACUGCACCUUACAUGGUCUUCUUCCGCCACGGUUAUGUACGAUUGACCUGUGACCUCUAUGACCCCACCUCCAACAAUCUCUCCAUCCACCUGACCAAUCAGUACAUGCAGAAGAAAAACCCGCAGUACAAAACACUCAAGGAGGACACUGUGUGGUCCAUGGAGAGCUUCAACACCUAUGUCAAUGAUGAAUAUCAGGUUGCUAAGGGGCUGCCCAGGGACUGGGUUAUGGGUGCCUUUGCAAAGCGCAUGCAGCAGAUCAUGACCCAGUGUUUUUUUGCUGUCAAAUCCAAACUGAGUCGCAGGCUGGGCUUGUUUGACCUGAUUGGCUGUGAUUUCAUGGUUGAUAUGGAAUUCAAGGUGUGGCUAUUGGAGAUGAAUUGUAAUCCUGCUCUCCACACCAACUGCAAGGUCCUCAAACAAGUGGUACCCAGUACUGUUGUAGAGUCUUUGGAUAUAACUCUGGAGAUCUUCAGCAAGUGUCGCAGCGGACGGCAGAUCCUCCCGUUGGAUCAUCAGAAUGAGUUUGUUCUCCUUUACGCUGAGGAUUCUCCCUCCGCCUCCAUCCCGCCUCGCAGCAGGAGCAGAACAGGUGGAGUCACGUCAAAAAGCCCCUCCUCCGACUACCAGAGAGCCACCAAAACCGCCCACAAUCCUGAACGUGCAAAAUCCAGACCAAGAAACUCUGGAAAGAAGGGCAAAACCUUCACCGUAACACCAUCCGAUAUCUCUCUGAAUGACUUGAAGAUCGCUCGGAUCUCUGCUCAUCCUGAUGCUAUUUCAACUGACCCAGCUCAAUCAAUUAAACAUCUCCAUCAAGCACACAGCAAUCAAUGCAGACACUUUCACAUUCACACACCAUCACAGCACUUGCCACAAAACCCGUCACCUGACUCCUAACCCCAUAGAAACACUUGGAAGGUACUCUCUGAGUCUAGCAGGUACCACAUCUCCGUCCCACAUUGAGCAACUUGAAAGCCUGGCACCAGGCCUGACCACAUCCAUUUCCUCUGCUACUCUUUUCAGCGCUUACAGUUCUGCCUUGUUUCACACAUCCUGUGUGAACAAAGACACAUGCAACAGGAGGGGAGCGUAAGGUACGGGGGCCUGGAGGGAACACAAAGCACUCAGCUUUAAAAAGGAAAA